CAAGUGAUUGUUUGCAACUGAUAAUGUUAUUUGGAUAAAGAUUCUUCAAACAUCCGACUUGUGUGACAGGAGAUUGGUGAGAUGAUUGAAUGCAUGAAUGGAUGGAUGAAACGCCGGACGAAAUAAUGAAUGGAUUAUGCAAUGAAAAAAUGAGAAAACGAAUGGACGAACGAACGAACGGAAGAUGAAUGAUUGGAUGAAAGACUGGGAGAAUAAACAAUGAAUGGAUCAUGAAAUGAAUAAAAUGAGAAAACGAAUGGAAAAACGAACGAAUGGAAUAUGAAUGAUUCAAUGAAAGGCAGGAUGAAUAAACAAUGAAUGUAUCAUACAAUGAAAAAAAUAAGAAAACGGAGAGAUAAAUGAACGAACGGAGGGAUGAAUGGAUAGCAUGUGAAUGAAUAAAUGCAUGGGAAAAUGGAUGGAUGGAUGAAUAAAUGACAAAAUGUUUCCUYRUUGAUACAACAACCAUAUGGCGCCUAUCGUACAGAUGGGAUCACGACAUUGCGUGACACAUCCAUUGAAGUYAAGCCAAAUGAACAGUAUAUAGAUCGUAUUACACUKUGCUGUCUAAAGCGAAAACUCACAAACGACCAUYUUCUCGAGUUCGUUAUCAAACCAAAAGCUUUGAUACUGAGAGCUUGAACCUACCGAGAUGGGGAACGCACAGGGUAGUUACGAGCUCAGCCCAAAGAAACCCAUUGGUACCAAAAAUGAAGGAGACAGCUCUCUCGGUAUGGAAAGCUGUGCCAUCCCAGCUGCCCGCAUAACCGCUUCAUCAUCAACUGACGAAGGCCCAGCAUUCUUUGCGCGUCUGAAUGGCAGUAARUCAUGGUGUGCCGGUAGUCCAGCGGACUGCUUCUUAGAAGUUGACCUCGACAUUGCACACUACGUGUCAGCGGUCGCAACCCAGGGCAACCCCAUCGGUAACCAUGACUUCGUCAAGAAAUAUAAAAUACAGUACUCUAUCGAUGGUAUGGACUGGGAAUAUUAUAAAGAGAACUAUAAAGAGGUCUUAGACGGCAACUCAGACUACAAUACCCCAGCAAAAAGGAAACUCGAACCUGACAUCAAAGCUCGUUACGUCAGGUUUUGGCCGACGGCGUGGUUUCARUGGCCUUGUUUAAGGGUUGAGAUCUACGGUCGACCCGCACCACCAGACAAGAUGACGGAAAACGGUGUCGUUCCCAUAAGAUUACAAUCCGACGAUAAACAACAGGGAGAGGACGAAAACGAAAAAAUAACCAACGGUGAAGUAGUCCCGCAAGAURAUACCUACACGGAACAACCAGAAGUAAAAAUAAACGCGACGGUAUAUGAAAKUGAUGAAGAAAAAGAGGUUGCUGGACAAGAAAUAGAUUUGGAGUUUCUGAAYGACGAAGAAGUUACUGAUGAAGACCAAGAAGGAAACAUGAAAUCAGCGGAGAAACAGAACGAAGAUAAAACGAACGAAAGUGARAGUGAAGAAGAAAAAGAAAUUUCCGGACAAGAGAUAGACAUGGAAGCACUAAACGACAUCGAGGUAGUGUCUACAGAUAAAACUACGGAUCACUUAGACGACAGAUUAAACGUAAGUGACGGAGAAAACAAUACCAAGAAAGAAUUAAACAUGGAUAUUUUGAACGACAUCGGUGUGAUAAGUACAGGGGAAAAUGACGUCAAAGAAACGACAGACGAGAUCUCUUUCCGCGCUCUAGUCACCAGUACACCUGCGAAGCCCAAACGACUCGAUGUAAACAAACCCGACCAGGAGAACAAUAAUCGAGUGUUAGCCAUCAAACAUAACGAUGCAGACUUAAAAAGACUCAUGGAUGUGAAAGCUAAAUUAGAACUCGAGGCCGAUACGAGGAGACGAUAUGGCGUUGAGUUAAGGAAGAAGAAGAAGARAGUGACCCUAGAAGAUGAUCCCCCCGAAUACCUCCAUUUACCGAGAAGAAUUUACGACGACAUGUGGGGCGAUUCUCCGACCAGUUCGGUUUCUGAGGGGCUCAACAACCAAGACGAGAAACCGCUGAUUGARAUUCAAGAUGGGGGAGCUCCGCUGGCCAAACACGAAGACGAUCAUAUCGAGGAAACCUCUGACCACCAAACACCGCAGGCUGUAACGAUAAGAACAGUGAAAAAGAUCACCACAAGAAUCGAAAGACAUGCUGGACAUAAUCACCUACACGAUGUACAUAAUCACGGACAUGAUCACAAGGAUAGCGGUAUUGUUUGCUCAACAUCAGCGAACGUAUCCCAUGAUGCCAGUCGAGUUUUAAUGAACGAGUCGAUUCAAUGGAUCAAAUCAACAUCGAUGCGCUUGCAAGUCGACGGUUCAGCGGUCUUGAUCUACUGCAAUCACCGUAUGAUGCGGUCAGCGGUGAAGACAUUCAGCGAUUGUUAGCAUGGGAAGACGACACUCUUCCUGGUUGGACGAGAAUGAAAAAAUCUCGUGAUUAUGAAAUAUUUAAAGGGACAGCUGUUGACGGCGGACCGCCAAUCAUCAAAACAGUUAUCACCCUUAAGAAAAUUGCUUAUGAAGAAGCGGUUCGCCGGAUAACUGACUGGAAAAUACGACAGGAAUGGGAUCGAACCUUUGAUCAAAUCACUUUUAUCGAAGAAAGUUACAAUUUUAACGUACUACACUGUUCAACGAAGAAUCAAGGCCUAACAUUAGCUGUAAUGGACGAUGUGGAUAUCGACGAACCAUAUCAUGCAAGCGUGUGGAGCGUCGCUGAUCACCCAGAUAGCUAUUCACUAUCGACUGGAAAACCACUCAGAGAGUAACUCUCCUGUGCCAGCUAAAAGGCUCAGUGUCCGCUCCUAUAAAAGGAACAUAUUUAACAGGCAACCCAGACAGAUGGAUCGACAUGCUUAAAAAAUAUUCAUCUCCAAAGAAAAUCAGUGUAAAAAAGUAACACUAUAAAUUUUAUGAAUGAAGAUAGUAUAACCUAGUAACUUGAAUAAAACCUCCUGAAAUAUGUGUGGAAUGCUAGAAGCGUKUUUAAGAGUUCAAAGUUGGUAAAAAUAAUGUAAAAAUCAACUGAAAAGAGGRUAUCUMAAAGGAAAACUKAUCGSUUGAUGGUUYCWUGUUUCAGGCGRAAUAUAGGUCCUUAUACAACUUUUUGCAUCGCUACAAACAUUUCAGACAUAUUUCAGGCACUCGCAGUUUUAGUCAAAAGAUUGGGUGUAUAUAUAGAAAGAUAGAGCAAAUAAUAAUCAAGAGUAAGGUACUUUUCAACGGACUGUUUAAUUGAAGACAGUAACUUUAUCGAAAAAACAAUUGGGAUGCAAACAUUUCCGGCUGUGGAGAGUUGAGAAGGAUUUAGCAAUGAGGGUCACAGUUCGACAAAAAAACUCAGCAGAAAAGAAAACAAAGGCAUAAGCCUGCCUAAACCCGUCGACUCCMCAGUAGAGCAACARCUUGGCAAKCAUCGAAUCAGAGUGGACUGUGCAAAUAACGAGUAGCAAUUAGAUUAUUCAUGGGACUUUGUAAAAAUGAGUAAUAUAUAUUGAUACUACAAACCAAACGCUCAAAAAUAGUCGCUUUGAUCGUUUAUAAGGCGUUGUUGACGGGAUKGUAUGGAAGCUGUUGGGGUUUGAAUGCAAUGCCCGUAUACGGACGAGUUAGUCGCAUAGCAGAGUUGGAGAUAUCUUUUCUAUUGUCCUUCAGAUGGUAUAAAAGUAUACAUAAGUAAGGUAUUGAAGUAUAGACUUGUAAUAUAACAAACUAAACGAAUUUUAAAUASACCUUUUGAGGCAAUUUAUAUAAAUAAAAAUGAGAUGAACGA